CUGUUUUGUUUUUCCUUUGCAUUCUUCUGUCCACUCUGUCAGAAAGAAGUACUGCAGCGACAAGAAGGUCAGUGGGUAUAUACCCACAGGUAGAACCCUGGGAAUGAAUGGCAGGCCAUUCGAGUUGCGUGAUUGCUGCACGUUUGGGUUCUUGAGGAGGGCAUUCCAGAUGACUUCCAGCUGGAAGUUGAAGCCUCAUCCUGUUCUGCCACGUGGCAAGCCGUUACUUGUCUGCAUUCUGGAUGGAUGGGCUGAGGGCAUCGAGGAUGAGUUCAACGCCAUCCACGUGGCAAAGACGCCUACCAUGGAUGCACUCAAAGCGACGGCUCCUGAGCGAUGGCGGCUUCUGAAGGCUCACGGUUCAGCCGUUGGGCUCCCGUCGGACAGCGAUAUGGGAAACAGCGAGGUGGGACACAACGCCCUGGGGGCGGGCAAGAUCUACAAGCAGGGGGCUGGGUUGGUAGAUCAUGCUCUCAGCUCAGGCAAAUUAUUUCAAUCUCCCAGUUUUGCGUACGUGAAGGAAGCUUUUUCUGCUUCUCCCAAUCGCACUCUCCAUCUCAUCGGUCUCCUCAGCGAUGGUGGCGUUCAUUCCCGUUUCGAUCAUCUUGUGAAGCUCAUGCACGGCUGUGCCAGCCAUGGAGCGAAACGGAUCCGCGUGCAUGUGCUUACGGAUGGUCGAGAUGUUGCAGACGGAACAUCUUUCCAGUUCGUGGAGGCUUUGGAGAAAGAACUCGCUCAGCUGGCAAAGAAAGGAGGGUGCGAUGCGCGCAUUGCCUCUGGUGGGGGCAGAAUGAACGUGACCAUGGACAGAUACGAGAACGACUGGCGGAUUGUUGAGCGGGGGUGGCGUGCUCAUAUUCUUGGUGACGCCCCCCAUAAAUUCAGCUCAGCUCUUGAAGCAUUAAAGGUCCUUAAGGAGGCCGACCCUUCCAAAUGCAACGACCAGUAUUACCCCCCUUGGGUGAUCGUGGAUAAGGAGGGUCAACCGAUUGGCCGCGUGGGCGAUGGAGAUGCCGUCAUCACCUUCAACUUUCGGGCUGAUCGGAUGGUGAUGCUGAGCAAGGCGCUCGAAUACGACAAAUUCACGCAUUUCGAUCGGACAAGAUUUCCAAAGAUUCGUUUUGCGGGAAUGACGCAGUAUGACACCGAGCUGAAGCUUCCACGCCAUUUUUUGGUCACGCCUCCGGAAAUUCAGGGCACCUCCGGCGAAUGGCUUGUCCGUAAUGGCGUGAGGACGUUUGCAUGCAGUGAGACGGUGAAGUUCGGCCACGUGACGUUCUAUUGGAAUGGAAACCGAUCGGGAAAGUUUGAUGAGAAACUAGAGACGUACAAGGAGAUACCCACCGACCUCGAUAUUCAGUUCAAUGAAAAGCCAAGGAUGAAGGCAGAUGAGAUAGCAGCAGCUGCAAGCAACGCAAUCCUGAGCCACAAAUAUGAUCAGGUGCGGAUUAACUUUCCUAAUGGGGAUAUGGUGGGCCAUACUGGCGAUCUAAAAGCGACCAUUCUGGCCUGUGAGGCAGUAGAUCAAGGCAUAAAAGUCUGUCUGGGGGCAGUCGACCAAGCGGGAGGGAUAUUUCUGAUUACCUGCGACCAUGGGAAUGCGGAGGACAUGGUGAAGAGGGAUCCAAAGACAGGCAAACCCGUCAGGGAUGCUUCGGGGAAGCUUCAACCGCUGACGAGUCACACUCUAGCACCGGUGCCAAUCGCGAUCGGGGGCCCAGGUCUGCAUCCAGGGGUGCGGUUCCGUAACGACUUACCAGCAGCUGGACUUGCAAAUGUGGCAGCAACGAUAAUCAACCUGCUAGGGUUUGAAGCGCCGAGUGACAUGGAGCCCACACUGAUCGAAGUUAGGCCACCAUAGCUGCUGAAGGCUGUGAAGGCUGUGAAGGCUGUGAAGGCUGUGAACUACUACUGUAUUAUCUUUGUAAAUAUCAACAAAGAAAUAAAAAUUAAAAAAAAAAAAUCAUCGUCGUGUAGAUGGGGGAAAAAAGAAGGCAGGGGAGAAAUUGGCUGCCAGGCCAUAGUUUGACGACUUCUCUGUCCGGCUAUACCUGCUGAGUUGUCCAGUAUAUUUGGCACCACCCGUCCUCGGAUUUUUUUUAUUUUUUUUUUCCGUAUUUUGUUUCUCUUUUCCCGCCUCAUGCUUUGACAAUGGCCUUUUUUUUCUUUUUUCUUUUUUUUACUUUUUAUUUUUUAAUAAAGAAACAACCCGAGA